AUGCUUGGAUUGCUGGAACUGGCGGGACUGGUGGAGGCUGCUGGCUCAGAGGCACUGCUCUGGCAGCGGCUGCACUUUGUCCGCGCACAGUUUGCCAAGUACAAGAAGCACAUGACGGCACAUGGGAGUGGCAUCGGAUUUAUCAAGGAGUACGAACACUUGGCCAAGCUGGAGCGGAAGGAGAAGCGGCCUCUGGUCAAGCUAACCAAGCCCAUUCUGUUCAAGAAUAGAUAUCUGGACAUCAUUCCAGUGGAAAUGACCAACGUCAAGCUCGGACUGCCCGGCCUUCCCAUUCCCUCGCCGGCGCACAUGGCGAUGACUCCGCCACCAGGUUCGGACUUUCCGCAAACCUCGCUGGCCGAGCUGGAGGCCAUGCAAGCUGAGGCGUACAUCAAUGCCAACUAUGUCGAGCUGUGGACCGAGCUGACGUACGUGGCGGCGCAGGGCCCACUGCCCAACACCGUGCUCGACUUUUGGAAGAUGGUAUGGCAGCAAGACUCAGCCAUGAUUGUCAUGCUCACCAAUCUCAUCGAGCGCGGCAUCGAAAAGUGCCAUCGGUACUGGCCGUCAUCCUCCAACGACCGCUCGGGCUCGCUCGCCCUCCCCGCCCGCGACAACGACGAAGAGGCGGCGCUGUAUGCCGUCGACGUCGGCCCGUUUGUGGUUGAGCUCCUCUCGCAAGAAGCCUCCCAAGACUACACCCUCCGCCGACUGCGCAUGACGCACAUCGAGUCGGGCGUGGUCAAGCCGGUCCUCCAGGCCCAUUACACCGCCUGGCCCGACCAGGGCAUCCCUGACCCGGAGCCGUUUGCUCGGUUCUGCAACGUCAUCGACUCGAAGCUUGCGGCGCUCAAACCUGCGCCUCUUAUUGUCCACUGCUCGGCUGGCGUGGGGCGCACAGGCGUUUUUGUUGCCUGCCACAACAUCCUGCAGCACAUGCGCAACUACCUUAUCUCAGGCUCGUCCAAGAUGGCCUUCCUCUUUGACGUCAUGGGCACUGUCCGCCGCAUGCGGCAGCACAGACCGUUUAUGGUCCAGAACGCUGACCAGUAUCGCUUCGUCUACCUCUAUCUCUGUGCUCAGAUCGAGGCCUUCUUUGACUCUGCUGCCGUCUCGGAGUUUCUGGCAACCGCACCGCCCGGUGCCUCGCUGCCUGUCGAGCAGGAGGAGACCGACGCGUCGUCAUCACUUGCCGCCGACGAUGAGACCGACUAUGUGUACGAAGAUGACGACCUGGCCAGCGCUGUUGCCUAUGUCACGGGCCCUUUUGCCCACAACGAGUAGCUGCUCUGUGCACAUUCAUUCGGUAAACGUAAUCGUCAUGGA